AUGGGAGUGAACCCACGAAAUCUCAAGGUGCAGCGCAGCAUGUUGCUACAACUUCCAUCAUCAUCUGCCGACAUUCGUAUUUCAAGCCAUGUCGCUACUCUAGGCUGGCUGAUUCUACAGAGAAAAGAUGAGUCCAUCGAACUCGUCAGCACACACCCCGAUCGUGGCUCCGACCGUGUGCCCGUCACCGUCAGCCUCGCACCCGCCGAUGUAUGUCGCAUCAUCAUGCAGGGUCAGCCGCUAAUCCAAUUCCUCGCUUUUUCAUUCCAAACAGAUGCUUAA